UUUUACUUCUUUCAGUUGUAGUGAACAUUGAGACUGUCAAAUUGAAAUAAAUAUUUUAUACUUUUUUGAAUUAUAAAAUAACCCUUGUACCAUGGAGAACCAGAACAAACUUAGCAUAAUGGAUUACUCAAAUUUGAUCUUCUGGAACAGUCUGCGGAUAGAAGGUAUGAUGCCAAUGAAUAUAAUUUGAAAAAAAAGCAAAACUAGUUUGAGGUUAGGUUUUUAGGUAUCAAGCACUAGACAAUGUUUACCGUAGUCAAACGCCAUCAACCCUUGACAUCAAUCGAUGUGCACAGAGUAGAAUUUCGAAGUUUAUUCAACUAUCAAUCUUAUAUUGUCGUCUAAUGACUUAUCAAAGAUUUGAUAAUGAUAAACCAUCUAUUGAAGAGCAAUGAGACAAAUUAGCCAAAGAUCAGAAUCGCAGAGUGGACUAUCCCCAUUAAUGAAGGGUGAACAAAUUAGUGAUCCUAACCUUAACGUAGGAAGGAUGACUUCAUUUUUCGGUGUGAAUUAGUUCGAGCCAAUGAUAUCAAGAAUUAUACGUAUUAGCGUAAUCGCGAAAUAUUAAAUAUGGCUUCACCGACAGUUGUGCCAGGAAAAAAAAAUACCUGGGAACCACUGAGACUGACUCAUCUAAAACCAUCUUUCAAUAACCAUGAACUGGCUCUAGCAGCCCGCCAAGAUCUCUGGCACAAAUUCAUCAUAUUUGAUGCUGGUAAAUAUGAUAAAGAUGAAGUAUUGGUCAGUAUAAUCAAUGCCUGUGAACCGGAGUUUCUAUUGCCGGUAAUGUACCAAAUUGACAAAGCUGGAAAUGGCACUUUUCUCACAAGAUGUAAUACAGAAGCAAUUGAAAACCUGGUGAAGCAGAAUCUCUGUGUUGUAACGCCAUCAGAAAAAAUCCUGAAGAUUGAUGUAAUCUUAGGAUUCUUAAGCAUGGAUGACUUACAACUGAAUCCUACAAAAACUGUAGCUCAAACUUUGUACUACAAGUAUGAGUCAGGGAAAAAAAUUUUGAACCUAGACAGUUUUCAAAAAGAGAAAUCACUGGGCUCUAUAUAUUGCCCAGUUGCUGCUCCCAGGGUACUUCUGUAUGUGUUGCGAUGUGCAAAAAUGGGAAUUAUGGGCAACAUAAGAGAAGUGAAAUUGCCAAUAAGAGAAUUAGCACUAAGAAAUAAUGGAAUAAGCUCAUUCAUACCGUUUGAGAAAUUCUUCAACUAUCACUUAUGCAAAUUAGAUUUGAGAUUCAAUGAACUGUCAGAUGUUGAAUACUUACGUUAUUUUUCCGAGUUCAAAAUAACAGAAUUAUGGUUGGAUGGAAACCCCCUUUGCAUGAAGUACACUACACCUGAGGAGUACAUCAAAACUAUUAAAAAUAUUUUCCCACAUCUCCAAAAAUUGGAUGGAAUAGUAAUCGGAGUUGAAAAAAAACUUGUACCAAUUAUACAGAAUAACUACAUUGGUAAUGGUACCAAAUUAGGACUGGUUAAACAAUUCAUUCGACAUUUUUUCACCCUUUACGAUCAAGAUGACAGAAUAGUACUUAACGGCCUUUAUGAUACAAAUGCACUCUACUCUAUGACUGUAGGGAAUGCCCCUACUUAUACUCAGAAGAAUCUGAACAGGGUGUUUGCUAAUAACCGAAACCUGUUGAAAUUUGUGGACUAUGCUAAAUGUCAGGAAUUUAUACUUAGAGGGCCGGAAAAAAUCAUAUCCGUAUUAAGAAGACAACCACCCACUACCCAUAAUUUGAAAUCUCUGCAGGUGGACUUGUUGCAUGAGGGCACAAGCCAUCUGGUCAUUGCUGUCCAAGGAGUAUUUUAUUAUAAGUCAUCAAUUUUCCAACUGAUGCAUUUCAACAGAACAUUCGUUAUUAUUGCUAAAGAAGACCAUGAACACAGCAUCAUUAAUGAUCAAUGUCAUUUUGACGUUGCCCCUGCAGCUUACACGACAGGGGAAAAUAGGGAUCCUAAAUUUGAGCCCAAGGACGCACCGAGAUUCAAGCCAACUUUAUUCAGUAAUGCCGAAAAAGAGCAACUUGUUGGAUUUUUAUCUGAACUUUCUACUAUGAAUAAGGAGUGGUGCAAAAAAUAUUUAGACAGUGCUAAAUGGGAUAUCAGAGUUGCAAUUAAUUCUUUCAUGAAAGCUUAUAUGGUGAAUGAUAUUCCUCGCAAAGCCUUCUAGUAAAUUCAAUUAUUAUAAUAAAAAUGUAGGAUGAUUUGCAAUUUUUAUGCCGACCAAGAAUUUCUAACAUAAAAAAGCUAUUUUGUUAUCUCUAUGAAAAAAGAAAAUCUAUCAAUUUUAAAAAGAUAACAUAAUAACCAUAGAAAAUACACUUGACUGAACUAGCUAAUUAUAAAUGAUUGAAAAUAGUAUCGACAUCCGCUUUCACAAGGGUAAAUGUUUCUAAUUGUAUUAUUUUCAGCAUGUAAAAUGCAAUUGCAAUUAAAUUUAUAACGAUAUUUAUACGUUUUAUACAAUUGGACAUUGUAAAUUGUUAAUAAAUUUGUUUUUCCUAUAA